AUGACCGCGCCAUGCAGAGUCCAGCUGACCCCCCUGAGUGACUGCCCCCCGGGGCUUCUCUCCCCCCACACCCCCGCGCCAGCCCCGGUGCUUCCAUCCGACCUCAAGUCCGGGACCAGACGCUUUGACCUCCCGCUGUUCGAACCGGACGACAGGCUCUGCCCCGAGUUCAGCUACGCCCAACUCAUGGACGCUCAGGACUGUUGGAGGAAUGUAGAGGAAGAGAAGCCCAGACACCAGGACCGCCCCGAAGACCUGAUCGAUAUGGGAGACGGAUACGACGAAGACGACUCAUUUAUCGACAACUCUGAAGCUUAUGAUGAGUUUGUGCCUGCUGACAUCACCACCACACUCGGGGGCUUCUAUGUCAACUCUGGGCUCUUGCACUUCAUAUGGGGAACUGAGGAAGAGGGGUACCUGGAGCCUCAACCUGGAGAGGGGCCCCCUGCGGAAAAUACAAAGGAUGUGUCUAAGAGGCAGAAACGGAAAGUGGAGAAAUUGCUAAAGCAACGCACCGAAGACUACUCUGUGCCUUGCGCAAAAUCGAGCCUGGUUCCUGAUGUUUGCGAAAAGGUGAAGAAGGUGAAGAAGCCCAUCCUGAGUAUGGCCAGUGCAGUGAGACGUUGUGAGCAGGAGCGAGACAGGCAGUGUGCUCAGGCAUUGGCCUCAGCCAGGGGCCUCCACGCGACAAUGGGGCCUGCAGACGCUGGUGGGGGAGGUUGCCCAACCUUCACAGAGCCCUUCCUCACACUGGCCCCGGAGCUAGACAUUGUGCUGCUAAAUGAAGACGGCACCUCCUCUGAGACCCCAGUCUCUCUACAUAAAGCUGAGGGCCCCGGGACACACACUGAAGCCUUCCCUCCUGAACUACAGGACAGCAUUCACUCCCUCAUGAUGGCUUCCAAGACUUCAGAGGGAGAGUCCAAAGGAAAGUUCUACACCCCAGAGAUCAACCAACUCCUGCUGCAAAUCGACGCUCAGUGCCGGCAGCAUGGAGGCUCUCUGCGCACCAGGGUCUACUCACACCUCUGCUCCUUCCUGCCCUGCAACAAGGACACGCUGCUGCGACGGGUUGGCCGGCUCAGGCAGUCGCGUACCGAGGAGACCAGCGUGGAGCAGCUCAUGAAGACUCUGGAGAGUGCUAUCCAUAAGAGCAUGCCUGAGCAGAUUCUCCGCUGGAAAGAGCUCCAUAAAGCUCACGAAGAAUGCAGGCAACGCACACAGCCCACAGAGGAAGAGGUGGAAGGAGAGAACAAAGCCCCUGGGCCCAAGAAGCACUUCAGAUGGAACCAGGAGACCAGGGAGUGUGUGAGGAGGCUGCUGAGGCUGAGGCUGGAGCAGCUCCAGAGUCACACUAGGGACCAGGACCAGAGUAAGACCACAGACCAGGAGCUGCACCUGCGCACUGUGCUGGACGAGGAGCUGAAGCCGCUCUGGCCCAAAGGAUGGAUGUCCUCCAGGGCCCUGCUGAAGGAGAGCCACAAACUCCUGACUCCUCCACUGAUGCCGGUGAAAGCUCUCCCUGACCCUGCCUCCCUGCAGCCCCCCUCUGAGCUGCUGGCUGCAGCUCUGGCCCGGUUCCAACAGGGCGGCAAUCACAGGUGGAGACCAAGUCAACUGGUGGGGUCCCCGCCGCUACCCCCUCCGCCCCAGUGCAGCCCUGCAAACUUGCCCCUUAGUCCAGAGUGA